AUGGCCUCGAGUCCAGUUUCAUUAUCUCUCAAAUCGGCCGUGAAGCUCUCCUCAGGAUUCAUGUUACCAAUGCUGGGGUUUGGUGUGUAUCAGAAUACAGGCCCCACUUGCCUUGAGUCAUGCCUCGAGGCGCUGAAGGCGGGCUACCGGCACAUAGAUUCCGCUGUUGUCUAUCGAAACGAAAGGGAGGUCGGCCAAGCAGUCCGUCAAUCCGGCGUUAACCGCGACGACAUAUCUAUAACUACCAAAAUAACCACCAGAUAUGCUGGCUACGAGAGCACGGCCAAAAUGGUAGAUGAAUCAUUGAAAAAGUUUGGGUUCGAAUAUAUCGACCUCUAUCUCAUACACGACCCUUAUUCCGGAAAAACUAAACGACUAGAGACUUAUAGGGCACUCCUAGCUGCCCAGAAAGCAGGGAAAAUCCGUUCUGUUGGCGUCUCGAACUACGGCGUCCACCAUCUGGAGGAAAUUAGAAAUGAAGGCCUCCCUGCACCAAGCGUGAAUCAAAUCGAGUUGCAUCCGUUCUGUCAGCAAAAGCCUAUAGCAGAAUACUGUGCAGUGAACGGAAUCGCGAUAGAAGCAUAUUCUCCACUCGUGCGAGGUGUGGCAAAGGACCAAACCGUACUUCAAGUCGGAAAGUCCCCUUUCCUUGUCUACAUCCGAUGGUCACUGCAAAGAGGCUUUAUCCCAUUGCCCAAAACAGCAACUCCAUCCAGGAUCGUGGAAAACGCUAGCGUGUUUAAUUUCGAGUUGAGCGAGGAGCAAAUGGCAGCGUUGAAUGCACUAGACAAAGGAAGGGAAGGCGCUGUGACUUGGAAUCCUGUUGAUGCUCCAUAG